AAGGACAGCAAAAAUUUCAAUCCGUCAUUGGGGUUGUGUGUUCUGUGAUUAAUUAGUAGUUGUUAAUAAACAAAUUGCAAACGACAAUUAGUAAAAAUGGCAGAUAAUGAUGAAAAAUUGCAACAAUUUAUAACUGUUACUGGUGUCGAUGAAGAGAGGGCUCGUUUUUACUUAGAAUCUUCUGCUUGGCAAUUGGAGGUUGCAUUGGCAAGCUUUUAUGAAAAUGAUGGCGAGAUUGAACAACCACCAACACCAAACCCUGUAGAAGUAGGUGACAGUCCGCCUAGCGAACAGUCCCCAACAUCGCCGGAACAGGUGAAACCGAAACCCAGGUCGAAAAUAACAAAUUCGAGAUUCGCUACAAUCCAUACCGUUCACAGUUCCAGUGAGGAUGAGGAAGAAGGUCAGGCGUUCUACGCUGGUGGCUCAGAACAUAGCGGUCAACAAGUGUUGGGGCCACCAAGACAUAGAGAUAUGGUAUCAGAUAUGUUUAAGGCUGUGCGAGAGCAUGGAGUCGAAAUACUAGAACCUGCAGCUACUGGUGCUCACACUAGCGCUUUUACAGGAACCGGAUAUAAGUUAGGUCAAACAGGCAACGAUUCUGAAACAAUUCCCGGUGCGCGUUCAUCGUCACGACCAGAGGAAGUAACUUUAAAAUUAUGGCGUGAUGGAUUUAGUUUGAAUGAUGGCGAUCUUCGUCAAUAUACUGAUCCUCAACAAACUGAAUUUUUAGAUAGCAUUCGUCGAGGAGAAAUUCCUCCUGAAUUAAGGCAAGGAAAUAGUGAGGUGCAUUUAUCGAUGGAAGAUAGACGUACUGAAACUUUCAAGCAAGAAAUCGAAAAACGGACCAAGGUGUUUUCAGGGCAGGGACACACGUUAGGAAGUCCAACACCUGCAGUCAUUGGAGCGCCACCCUUACAAGAAAAAGAUAGUGCGCUCAAUGAAACUAAAGCUAAAGAAAAGUUAUCAGUUGACACAUCACAACCAACAACUAAUAUUCAAAUACGUUUGGCGGAUGGUACGAGAUUAGUAGCGCAAUUUAAUCACAUGCAUACUGUAGGUCACAUCCGAUCAUUUAUUAUCAACGCGCGUCCGCAGUAUGGCUUAAACCCAUUCGCUCUUCUCUCAUCAUAUCCUUCAAGAGAUUUAGGCGAUUCUGAAACAAUAGCCGAAGCUGGCCUUCUGAAUGCUGCCAUUAUGCAGAAGCUUAAAUAGAUGAAAUAAUCCCUGUAUGGUAAAGGUACUGGGCUAUCAGUGCUGAUUUUGGAUGAAAUAUGGCAACAGAUAUGGCAUUUUUCUGCCAUCUUUAAAUUGUUCUUUGUAUGUUUCUGAACAGAUUAUUAUUAAUAUAAC